AUGGCCAGCGUUCCCCAGAGUUGCACCGUGCUAGUGGUGGGUGGCGGGCCCGGUGGCUCGUACGCAUCCGCAGCCCUAGCCCUCGAGGGCAUCGAUGUGGUCCUCCUCGAGGCGGAAGUUUUCCCAAGAUACCAUAUCGGCGAAAGCAUGCUCCCCUCUAUGCGACACUUCCUCAAGUUUAUCGGUGCCUACGAAAAGUGGGAUGCACACGGUUUCAACAUCAAGAAAGGGGGCGCUUUCCGUCUGAACUGGUCCCGGCCUGAGACUUAUACCGACUUCAUUGCCGCUGGUGGACCUGGAGGAUAUGCCUGGAAUGUGAUCCGUUCUGAAGCCGAUGAUCUGCUAUUCAAGCACGCCGCAGACUGUGGCGCCAAGACGUUCGAUGGGACGAAGGUGACAUCGAUCGAGUUUGCCCCCCAGGACCAAGUGGGCGAAGCGGGUGCCAACACGGUUGGCCGCCCCAUGUCUGCUACUUGGAGUCGCAAAAAUGGAAGCUCCGGUACCAUCACGUUCGACUAUCUCGUGGACGCGUCCGGUCGAGCCGGUAUGGUCAGCACAAAGUAUCUCAAAAACAGAUCCUUCAACCAAGGUCUGAAAAACAUUGCCAGCUGGGGCUACUGGAAGGGCGGUGGUGUACAUGGUGUUGGAACACACAAAGAGGGAGCGCCCUACUUUGAAGCUCUGAAAGACGCAAGUGGUUGGGUCUGGUUCAUUCCCUUGCACAACGGCACGCACUCUGUCGGUAUUGUGCAAAACCAGGAGAUGGCAAUCCAGAAGAAGAGGCAAAUGGCUGAGCCCUCUUCGCUGGGCUUUUACAAGGAGGUCCUGGAGCUCGUCCCUGGAAUCAAGGAGCUCCUUGCCAAUGCUGAGCUUGUUUCGGAAAUCAAGUCGGCCUCUGACUGGUCGUAUAGCGCAUCCAGCUACGCUCUUCCCGGCGUGCGAAUUGUUGGCGAUGCUGGGGCUUUUAUCGACCCUUUCUUUUCCUCGGGUGUGCACCUGGCCCUUUCUGGUGCGCUUUCGGCUGCAGCCACCAUUGCUGCCGCUAUCAGAGGCGAUUGUGACGAGGAGACGGCAUCGUCCUGGCAUGACAAGAAGACUGCCGAGAGCUAUACUCGCUUCCUUGUCGUUGUCUCUAGUGCACUGAAGCAGAUCAGAUCCUCUGACCAGCCUGUUCUACACGACUUUGACGAGGAAAGCUUCGAGAAAGCCUUUGAACUCUUUAGACCUGUGAUUCAAGGUCAGGUUGAUGCGGAUACCAAAGGGGGCUUGACUCAGGCAGAAAUUUCCAAGACGCUCGAAUUUUGUUUCAAGGCCUUCGCACACGUCUCUUUUGAUGAGAAAGAAGCGCUCAUCAACAAGCUCAAAGAACUUGGUCUUGAUGGCGACGUGCACGACGAGAACAACCGCAAGGCUCUGGAUGAAUUGGAGAAGGAGCUGACGCCCGAAGAGCGGGCUAUCCUCACGACGCUGAAAGGGCGGCGGAUGAUUCGACCAGAAGAUUCGCUCAACAUCGACAACUUCACCCUGGACUCGAUCGACGGCCUCGCUCCUAGGUUGGAGCGUGGCAAGCUGGGUCUGGCUGCGGCCAAGAAGGCAGAAGUCAAGUACACAACGCACGACAAGCUUUCGUAUUUGAACGGUGAAGCCCGAGCCGCAAACAAACUCGGGAAAAACGAUUACGCCGAGCCCCAAGGAAACUCUAUGACCAACGGGCACAAAGUGACAAAUGGACACAACGGCGUCACGGAGUCCGGGCCCGACAACAUGAAUAUAAACCAUGUGGCUGACCUCGUGGCCUCGUGGAAACAGUCUAGCAAGACCGCUCUCGAUGAGCUCACCAGACAUGGCCUGAUGUCGUCGUUGCACGAGGCCGCCGAGGAGCUCGAGACGCCCUACGACACCCUGACACGCCUUGUCAAUGCUGGUCGCCAAGUCGCACUGGUCAAGCUUGGUGGCGAUCUUGGCAUCUUCAAGACUCUCGCGGAGAGCAAGACGCCACUCUCCUCGGGCCAGCUUGCCGAGUACAGCAUGGCUGAGCCACUCCUGGUAGCUCGCAUUGUGCGCUAUCUGGUUGCCAAUCGUCUCGUUUACGAGGUGGAGCCCGACCGCUACGUCGCCAGGAAGGCUACUUACGCCCUUGCUGACCCGCAUAUUGAGAGCUCCCUGCGAUUCUUCCACACCGUCAGCAACCCCUCUUUCCAGGCUCUGCCAGACUACCUACGAGAGACGGGCUACCGGAAUCAAACAGCGGGAUCUGCGCUCCAGAAAGGUCUGGCCGCUGAGCAAGGUCUCUUUCCCUGGCUGAAGGAGAACCCAGACGUGUUGGGUGACUUUCAACAUCUCAUGAGCAUUCCCAAAGAGGGCAACGGCUGGGAUGUCAUCCCGCUCGAGCUUUCCGUCAGCAGCACACACCAAGGUCCGAUGCUGGUGGAUAUUGGCGGCAACACUGGUCAACAGGCAAGGCUUCUGGUGGCCAAGCAUCCCGAGCUCGCCGGCCGAGUCAUUGUCCAAGACCGCGAGGAGACCAUCAAGAGCGCCCCGGAAGUCAAAGGCGUUCAGCUGAUGGCACAUGAUUUCUUCGGACCUCAGCCCGUUAGGGGAGCAAGGUAUUACUACCUCAGAGCAAUUCUGCAUAACUGGGAUGAGGACCAUGCAGUCCAAAUCCUCGCCAAUAUCGUGCCUGCCAUGACGGCUGACUCGCUGGUACUGAUUGACGAAGUGGUCAUACCCAACAAAGGGGCUCACGUCUGGCCCGCCGGGCUGGACCUACAGAUGCUAACCCUCUUUGGGGGUAGCGAGCGGACAGCUCUACAGUGGGACGCUAUUCUCGAGAAAGCAGGGCUCAAGCCUGUCGUGGUCAAGAAAUACGCACCUGUUAUGGAGAGCUGUGUCAUCUUUGCGGCGCGGAAAUAA